GGAAGUGAUAUUGAAGGGUAAAUUUGUCAUUGCAGAAUGAGAUAUUAAGCCAAUCAACUGGACCUUACAUUUUGACAUUCAUCAUUUUCCUUGUAUAGAAGGAAACCUCUGUAAUACUAAAAUGGCCAAUUAACUUCUCAAAAGAAGAAAAAGAAAAAAGGCCAAUAACUUCCAUGCCCCGACUCCAAAACCCCAAACUUGCCCACUUGCCCUAUAAAAGAACACUCAACUUGUCUCUCUUUUUCCUCUCAACAAAAACCAGAACCAAAGUUCUCUCAAUUCCCUGUCCACAAGAAAUUAUCACAAGGCAAUGGAGUUCCCCAUGUAUCAACAACAAGCUUUCCCUUGGCACUAUCUUCUUGCUUAUCCCUCCCCUUUCUCCUACUCUCUCAGACCAGAAAACUAUGUUCAUUGGGUCCAGACCCCUGAAUCCCAUAUUUACUCAGCUGACCUUCCUGGUGUGAAGAAAGAGGAGAUAAAGGUGGAGGUUGAGGAUUCAAUAUACCUGAUAAUUAGAACAGAGUCUACUGAUGAAGCAACUAGGCCGCCUGCCAAGAGCUUCAUGAGGAAAUUCAGGCUUCCAGGUUCGGUUGAUAUCGAUGGAAUAUCAGCUGGAUACGAAGACGGUGUAUUGACAGUUACUGUACCAAGAUCUUAUAAGAGGGGACUCCUUAUUGACCAAUCAGCUUUGCCUGAAAGGCUGGAAGUUACUGCUAGGGCUGCUUGAAUCAAUAGAUUAACAUGAUACAUAUAUAAAUGAUUUGAUUGAUCAGGAACGGAGACUUGGGUCUUGAUUAAUUGUUUGCAUGACUACACUAUGCCAUGCCAUAUUUGUAAACUUUGAUCAUUCUUAGUGAUGGAGUUGAUGUAACAAAAGAUAUGUACUUGCAUGAAUAUCUACUUUUGUCCUUUCAGACUA